AUGUCGGCUGAAUUGCGAAUUGUGAAGCUUUUCGAAGAGGUUUUGGAGGACAAAAACAUUGUUCCCAGCUUCGAUGAGGAAGAACAGCGCAAAAAGACUGAAGAGGGCUACAAGAAAAUCGGCACACUGUUCGGUGCGAUGACACCGGAAGUGAAGGAAGCAUCCAUCCGUAGCUACCUCGGCUACGUGGCUACCGUGAACCAUCAGAACCGGGUGCACAACUACCUGCAGGUGAUGAACCGUAUGGUGGCUUUGAACAUCAUUCCGGCCAAACUGUUGUGCGAUCAGCUAAUGUGCUCGGAUAAGCUGGUGUACAAGAAUCCGUGCUUUUGGAUCGAAGCGUUUCGACUGAUCCGGAAAGUGAUCGGCGGCGUGGAUUACAAAGGUGUGCGAGAAAUAAUGAAGUGCUGCAAGGAGAAGGCUCUUUCAUUUCCGGCUAAUGUGAGCGUUAACAUUUUACCACAACUGCUCGAGCUGAUCGAACUGAUCGAGCAUAUCUUCAACCGGAAUGCGUGCCUGCUGCCGGCGUACUUUAUCAUCAAUGAAAUUAAGAAAACCGACUACCAGAACAUGCACUGGCGAGUGUCGAAUCUUACGGCGAACUUCAUCGAGGAGUUUGUUUCCGUCGCCCAGAUGCUGUCAAUCAUUGGGCACUCCUCCAUGCUACCAAUCGUGGAGCAUUCGUCGUACGCGGAUAAUCUUAUCAUACCGUGGAAGCUGGAUCCGGAUACGCUGAAACUUGCGCUCCGGGGCAAUCUACCGUACGAUGAGGAACUGUUGCAACCACAGGCCCGUUUGUUACGGUUUGUACUGCAGCAGCCCUAUUCGCGCGAUAUGGUAUGCUCAAUGCUAAACUUCCAGAAGCAGCAGAAACAAAAGUGUGCCGCGCUCGAGGAACAAUUGGUUUGGUUGGUGCUGAACGCGAUGGAAUAUUCGGAAAAGGAAGGAACGCAGGCUCAAAAUACGGCCGGUACAACGAUGAAUGAGCAUGAUAACGAUCAAAGUCACACGCAGUGGGUCUGGUUGCAUCUGAGUUCGCAGCUGAUCUACUUCGUACUGUUUCAGUUUGCAACCUUUCAGAAUAUCGUAAACGCGCUGCAUGAAAAACUGGCCGUGCGCAAUCUGCGUCGUGGCCGCGAUCACCUGAUGUGGGUGUUUUUGCAGUACAUAUCGGGCAGCAUACAGAAGCACUCGAUACUGAACUUUUUGCCGAUACUGAAACUUUACGAUAUACUCUAUCCGGAGAAGGAAUCAUUACCGGUACCGGACAACAGCAACCCGAACUGCACACAUCAAAUGGCACCGACGUGCAUCUGGAUUCAUCUGAUGAAACGUGCCCAGACGGAGAAUUACAACAUAAAUCGCCCGAUACCGAUCGCACUGCGGUUGCACUUCGAGUAUCUCCAGCAUCUAGCAAUGCCCAGCAACAAUCCGACACUGUUUAUGGGAUCCGAGUAUCGGUUCGCGUUGCUGUGCAAUGCUUAUUCUACCCAGACGGAUUAUUUCUCCCGUCCGAUGCAAGCACUGAUUGAUACAAUAUUGGGCAACAGCAAAAACCCGCAGGCAAAUAUGGUUGGUGGUGGCGUUCAGUCGCUUCCAACUGCUCCAUUGUCGAUGCGCGUGCUGGACAGCUUGACCAUACACAGCAAGAUGUCGUUAAUACACAGCAUUGUGAUGCAUAUGAUCAAACAAGCACAAAACAAAAGCUCAAUACCGAACGGGAACAACAUGGCACCGGCUCUGGUGGAGACGUACUCGAGGUUGCUUGUGUACACCGAAAUCGAGUCGCUUGGCAUAAAGGGAUUUUUGGGCCAAUUGUUACCGCAGGUAUUCAAAUCGCAAGCCUGGGGCAUACUUUACACACUGCUGGAGAUGUUCUCCUAUCGCAUGCACCACAUCCAUUCGCACUAUCGGGUGCAACUGUUGACUCAUCUGCAUUCAUUGGCAUCGGUACCGCACACGAAUCAGAUGCAGCUACACUCCUGCGUUGAGUCGACGGCUCUUCGUUUGAUCAUUGGGUUAGGUUCGGUAGAAGUGCAGGCACAGCUGUCACGCUAUCUGAGCGAACCGAAGCCCCCGGGCAAUAUCGUGUCUGCCGAAAGUGAAGAACUGAACCGAGCGCUCAUACUGACGCUUGCCCGUUCGAUGCACAUCACCGGCACUGGAAACGAUCCCCAAUCGAGCGCUUGGUGUAAGGAUCUUCUUCAGAAUAUAAUGCUCAACACGCCCCAUGCCUGGCCCCAGCAUACACUGUACUGCUUUCCGCCGGUGCUGAACGAAUUCUUCAUGCAGCACAACAUACCGAAGGAAAGCAAGCAGCUGCUGAAGAAAACGGUCGACGAAGAGUAUCGCAACUGGGCAUCAAUGACGAACGAGAACGACAUUAUCGCUCACUUCGGCAUGACGGUGAACCCUCCACUGUUCCUUUGUCUGGUGUUCAAAAUGAUCAUCGAAACCGAUGUAAUCAGUCCGGUAGCAUACAAAAUUCUGGAACGCAUCGGCGCCCGCGCUCUUUCGACUCAUCUACGGAAGAUGUGCGAUUAUUUGCUUUUCGAAGUGGCCAAUUCGGGCGGUGGAGCGCACGUGAACAAAUGCGUCGACACGAUCAACGACAUGAUUUGGAAGUACAACAUUGUAACGAUCGAUCGGCUGGUGCUGUGUCUGAUACUGCGCACGCUUGAUGGCAACGAGGCACAGGUUAGCUUCUACAUCAUACAACUGCUGUUGUUGAAAACAACCGAGUUCCGUAACCGGGUGCAGGAGUUCAUUACGAUCAACUCGCCGGAACACUGGAAGCAGAACAAUUGGCACGAACGACAUCUGGCAUUUCACCAGAAGUUUCCGGAAAAGUUUGCUCCCGAUGAAUCCGUUUCACAUCCAACGCUACCGGUGUACUUUGGGAACGUUUGCCUCCGGUUCCUGCCCGUGCUGGACAUUAUCGUGCACCGGUUCUUGGAGGUGCCGACACAGCUGAGCAAAACGCUCGACGUUAUUCUCGAUCAUCUGGGAUCGUUGUAUAAAUUUCACGAUCGGCCCAUCACCUACCUGUAUAACACGUUGCACUAUUAUGAGCGUAAGCUUCGAGAUCGCCCACAGUUGAAGAAACGCUUGGUUUGUACAGUGGUGGGUUCGCUGAAGGAUGUACGACCGGAGAAUUGGGCCCUAACAGAAGCCUAUCAAGCAUACAUGAUGACGAAGGAGACGGACAAUGUCAACUGGGUGCCGGAGUUGAGCUAUUACAUCAAUCUUGUUCGUCGCAUGCAAGACACUAUGGAUGGGAAAAACAUAUUUUCCGGCACAGACUGGCGCUUCAAUGAGUUCCCUAAUCCUCCGGCCCACGCACUUUAUGUAACGUGUGUAGAGCUACUCGGAUUACCGGUGGGACCCAAUGUGGUCGCGAACAGUAUCAUCGAUGUGCUUGUCAAGGGAUAUACCGUGGUUCCGAACGCCGUGAUACACAACUGGGCCAACACGAUCGGUCUGAUUAUGGCAGCCCUGCCGGAAGCUUACUGGAGCGUUAUUUACGAGCGCAUGCAGGGUGCACUAAACUCGAAAGCCAUGAAGGAAUGGGUCUACCGACAGAGUCCGUUCGAAAUGUUCAACUUUAAGAUCGUGAAGGAAUCGAUGCUUGACCGGAGCUAUGUAACGGUGCUGGCGAUUGUGCACAGCAUUUUCCAUCACUUUGGAAUUGGCCAGCUGGCCACUGUUACUGAUUCGAUGAAGGAAAAAUUGAAACCGCUGGUCCACACCGAGUAUCAGCUAAUCUAUGUUUGCCACGUGGUUGGACCAUUUCUGCACCGUCUAAGCAUCGAACGUGUUCGCGCUGUCGCAGAUAUCACGCUUAUGCUAUACGAGCUGUUGGAACAGGUGGACAAAGCGCAGCCAACGCAACCGAUACGUUAUAUGGAUCCGAUUUGCGAUUUACUGUAUCACAUCAAGUACAUGUUCGUUGGCGAUACGAUGAAAACGGAGCUGGAGGCUAUCAUUCGCCGUUUGCGGCCAGCACUGCAAAUGCGUUUGCGGUUUAUCACGCGUCUGAAUGUCGAGGAAAUUGGCGUCGAUCAGAAGGCCGCAACCGCACAGGGCGUUGCAAACUCGGCAACGGGGGUAACCGCAUCCGGUGCCGCUUCCGGUACGCCCGGUACAACCCAAGGAGUUGUAGCACCGGUACAGGGUGCAGCCGGGCCAGCUACUGGAUCACAACAACCGACACAGGUGAGCGGAGUUGCGAAUCCAAAUGUUGCGUUACAGCAGCAACUGCAACAGCAGAUGGGCCAGGGCAUGCAAUCGCAUCAUUAA